AUGAUGUUUGUGUCCUGGUCGGAUCAGAACAACAUUCUCAUCUACCGGACCUUCGAGGACUUUAAGAGGUUCCACAAAGAGCUGAAGAGGAAAUUCCCCAUCGAGAGCGGCUCCCAGGAAUCCGAGCGGACGCUGCCCAGGUUUAAAGCCGUGAACGCGCUGCAGAGGAGGAGCGGGAGGCCGGGCAGGUGCCUGGAGGUGCUGAAGCUGCUGGAAUCCUACGUCCAGGAGCUGCUGCGGACGGAGGCCAGGAUCUCCCAGGGGAAAGAUGUCAUUCAGUUCUUCAAGGCCAGUGCCCAAGACCUGGAUCCUUCCUUUCCUGAAAACAGCGUUGUGAUCAUGCCCUCGGAAAUCGGAGGAGGCAAGAAGAGCGAGGGAUGGCACGUUACCUCCCCGCAGGCGUCCCAGAGCUACCGGUGCAUCGAGGCCUUCGAGACCAAAGACACCAAGAACAAGACCUUCCGAGUGGCCGAGAAGGAAAUCGUCGAAGUGUUAAUCCAGGACAUGACGGGCUGGUGGCUGGUGGAAAACGCAGACAAGCAGAUAGCCUGGUUCCCAGCCUCAUACCUGGAGGAGAUCGAUGUCCACAGGGACAUCCAGAGCACCUUGAGCUCGGAUGAGGAGGGCAGCCUGUACUUCGUCCUGCGCGCCUACGAGUCUCAGAAGGCAGAUGAGCUCUCGCUCAACCACGGCGUCAUCGUGGAGGUGCUCAGGAAAUCUGCCAAUGGCUGGUGGCUGAUCCGAUACAACGGCUGUACUGGCUACAUGCCCUCCAUGUGCCUGCAGCCAUACAAGAAUCCUCACCACAAGCUCCAGACCAUCAUGACCUGCGGGCUCAACAUCUCCACCCCAAACCUCUGCCCCUCCUCACCGGCUCCCAAACCCUGGGGGGAGGCUGCGGGACAGCGCAGGGUGCAGCCUCGCUCUUCCCUUGACCAAACUGAAGAGGACGCGAGCUCACAGCGCAGCAGAUCCAGGUCUCUGCCCAGGGCCAGCUCCACCCCGGACCUGGACUCGGACAGCUCGUCCCUCGGCUUGGGGAGCAGCAGCGAGCGGGGCGGGCGGCUGAGCUGGAAGCCCGACUUGUCAAGAUCUCUGCCCGAAGUGGAGCAGGCCAGGAGCUCUCCCCUGGGCCAGGCCUUGGCCACGCACAGCGGCGCCUCUCCACGCCUCGCCCACAGGGACAGGAACGACUCCGGCUUCGUGGAGUCCUCUGCAGCUGAGCUGAGUUACUCCCUCAAUGACCCAGACCUGGCCACUUGUGUCCCCAAGGUGCCCGUGCGCCCCUCAGCCCACGAGAUCCUCCAGAAGUGCAGCACCGUCACCAAGCGAGCUGUGCAGUCUUCCUCCCGGCCAGUGCUCCAGGCUCUGCGCCCUCUCCCCAGUGUGCAUUAG